AUGGCAGAUUUUAAGCCCUAUAGCGAGCAGAAAGACCUUCAUGUGGAGGCACCCUAUCGCUCAUCAAUGCUCACAUUACCGGGCAACCUGCGCAAAGCCCUCGCAGACGCACAAGCAGAUCCCAGCAAAACACUUUUCGGUGUCGCUCACGGCAUUCCAAGCACCUUCGUCACCAAGUUGAUUGCGACCACAAAGCCUGACUUCAUUUGGAUAGACGUCGAGCAUGCCAUGUUCAACCGUCUGGAAUUGCAAGACGCUAUCCACGCCGCUCAGCACCAUUCAGAAGGUAAAUCAAUGGUUAUUGUACGCGUACCCAAGCAUGAUGAGGUCAGCCUCACCACCGCGCUUGAUGCUGGUGCAGCAGGCAUUAUAAUUCCUCAUUGCGAAUCAGCGCAAGAGGUCAAAAAGUUUAUCAAGGAGAUGUACUAUGGACCGAUCGGCCGCCGCUCAUUCAGCCCCUGGACAUUCACACCAGGACUCACGACUUCGUUGUACGCUAAUGAUCCGUACAACGUCGCAACGUCCAACAACCACGUUUGCAUCAUCCCGCAGAUCGAGUCAGUCAAGGGCAUUGAGAAUGCCGAGGAGAUUGCUGCCGUUGAAGGCAUCCACGCUAUUAUGUUCGGCCCCGGCGACUACAUGAUUGAUGCCGGUAUCGAUCUCGCCAACGUGCUCAGUGGUAAGCCAGAGCCUGCAUUCUUGGAGGCUAUGGGCAAGUUCGGAGCUGCGGCAGCGAAGAGCAAUGUGCCAAUCUUUGGCGGUGCUAUGUCUCUGGAUAUGAUUCCCAUGUUGAUACAAACAGGCUCGCGAGCCAUUGCUGUGCAAUUCGAUGUUUGGGGGUUUUCGCGACUGUUGCAUGACUCGCUGGAGACAGCACGGGGGUAUGCGAAGCAGUUGGAAGGCAACGCCAAAGCGGUUCCUAACGGCCAGCCCAAGCCGGAGUAA